UAAUUUUCACAAACUAGAGACACAACGAACACAUCCCCGUAACCCCGUUUGAACCGGUGGAUGCAUCUACUAUCUAGAUCCAGUUCCGACCCGACCAUAUCAAGCCCUGAAUUGCCACCACCGGGUCCACUUCCCCGGCUACCUGAUGUCAUAUCCUUUGCCAAGAAGGAAACGGAAAUGACAGGAAGAGAGGUUGAUAGCUACCAAAACACCGUCUACUCUCUCUCUGUCUCUCAAUUUCGUUAUACUUGCAGCAAGCCUCUCCACAACUCUUUCCAGUUGGUUAAUUGGAGAGCGUGCUUUCCAUAACCUAGUAGAGAGAUAGGGACUUCGCUUUUUGCCUUUUUGGCAUAACAGUACACAUAUAGUAUAUAGUUGGUAUCACGGUGAAUGGCGAUGCUGCAAUUUUCGGACCCGACGAAGCUCAAAACUCAGAAGAUUGCGUUUGAAGACAUUUACCCAACUCGUGAUUCAGGCACACUCGAGCAACUGAAAGAGUUGAGCUCCAAGCGUAGGGCAAUCGAGGAGUCCAUCAAUGAAAGCAGGUUCAUCACUGAGGCUAUUGCGCGGGAAAUAUCUGGGGGUUUGACAUCUCAUGUUGAACAGGACCUUCACAAGUUGGAACAAUACUUACCAUUGUUGGAAAACUUGGUUUACCAUGUUGGCUUGGUUAGUGACAACCCACGGAUGGUUCGCUGGACUUCAGAGCUUAAGAUAAGAUGGAGUAGUGCUCUUAGUUCGUCAUCUUUCUUCUUUCUUACCGGCCCAAAGUACUUUCGAAUUGAUAAUUUGCAAUUUGAGCUGGGCAUGGCCCUUUUCCUUUAUGGUGCCAUGAUUCGGGAAUGGGCUUCAGAAGUUUUGUCAGUAGAUUUGGUGCAAUCUGCUACCCUUUUCAGAAAAGCUGCUGGAGUUUACCACUAUCUGGCUCUUGAGGUCCUUCCACAUUUGCUGUCUUCAUCGGCUCCAGAAAGGCAACCUGAAGCUACCUCAAGUGUGUCUUCGGUUAUGAGCCUCAUUUGCUUGGCUGAGGCACAGGCUGUAACUAUAAGGAAGGCAGAGGAAAAAGGAAAUACUGGUCUUCUGGCAAAGCUGCAUUUUGGUGUGUCGCAACUACUUGAUGAAGCGCAUUUUAUUUUGCAUUCAGUAACCAAAGAGGGUAAAGACAUUUCAGGGCGCUUUGUGGAUUUUGUUUCAUCAAGCAAAGCCCUUCACGAAUUAAGAAGUUAUAAAUACCUCGCGGACAGUAUCAAGGUUUCUGGUCAGAUAGGUGUUACGAUUGGGAUUCUUCGCCAUGCAUUAACUAACGGACAAAAGAAAAUGCCCGGAGAGGAGUCAUGGCGAUCGGUUUUCAAGCAGGAGAUUGAUGAGGUGUCUGCGCUGUUGAGAAAAUAUGAACAUGAGAAUGAUUUUGUUUGGCACGAGAAGGUUCCUCUUCACGAUGAGUUGCCAAUUCCGGAAGGUAAGAAAAUUGUGAAUUAUAUAGCUUAUCAUCCCGAAAGAUGGGAGAGGGCGCUAGUUUUCAAAAUUUGACUUUAUCAAAAUGAUUCUGUACGUGUAUAGUAGUUAAUUUUUGGGAGUUUGCAAAAAGGUGGAAUGCAGUUUAUAGUAAUUAGCUAUUUUUUGUGAAGAAUCAACCUCUUGUUUUCGGGGAAGUGGCAAAGUUCUGUCCAGUUCUAUGUACUCCAGGGAUUGAUAAUGUGAAUCAGUGGAGUUAUUUGUCA